GCUAUUCAAAAUGGCAGCGUCUCAAUCAGGAAGUGGAGAAAACUACUAAGAAGAAUAAGUUGGAUAAAAUUCCCAAAAUUCGUUUGUUUGACGCGAGCCCUCGUUCAAAAACUGCCCGUGUGGUCGGGGCUUGGGUUGAGAAUAAGUCACGCAUCAACGGUCAUGGAGAGCUUUUACCCUUGUUAGAAGUACAAUCUAGGACAAAGCCAGCACGUGGGUGAGACUGUGCGUAGCCUAAGGCAGCUGGUGGUCAUGUGCAAAGCUGUGGUCUGAUGCCCACUCUCUCGUCAGCGCUGGCCAUGGACGGGGAGAACUACCUGCAUCCAGAGGGCCCUCAGCUGGACAGCAGCCUGUUCUCUGCCGUCUCCCCUAACAUGGAGAAUUCAAUAUAUGCGCCCUCUGGAUCUUGGGGAUCCUUUUCUCAGCAGCCUGGAUACAGCAUACACUGCCCUAUGCAAUCUGGAAACCAGCAAUACCACUUUAACAGCAGCACUACCACCACCACUCCGGAUGUGCACAUGGAUGUGUACUCGGGAUUCCCUGACGUGGACUUUUCCAGCCUCAACCUUCCUAGAAAUGGAGAUUUCCCCCAGGACCUGUCCUGCAUUGAUGACCUCUCCACCAACUCGUUGUUCUCCUCUCCGGCUGACUCGCUGUCGGAGUAUGCUGAUGCCCAGUCCUUCAUCAGCACAGAUAACCUGGACACAGUGCCCACCCUCUGGGACGUCAACACUAGUACCACCGCCACACCAGCACAAAGCCAGCUAGAGCAGAAUGGCACCAGCAGGUUUCAUGGCUUGGCCAGUUUGGAUGAUAUAACUGCUAUUAUCAGCACCCCACCUUUAGGAGGAUUCCAGGCUCAGAGAACCCAGACACCUCCAGAGGAGGAAGAGGAUGCCGAGGAAGAGGAGACGGAGGAACUGGGACAUGUAGACACAUAUGCUGAGUACAAACCUUCUAAAUCCACCAUAGGAAUUUCUCAUCCUGACAUAGUGGUGGAGACAAACACACUAUCCAGUGUCCCUCCUCCUGACAUCACCUACACUCUGUCCAUCCCUGAAUUAACUAUUAACAGUGGCCAGCUGUCUGCUCUGCAGCUAGAGGCCAUCAUCUAUGCCUGCCAGCAACACGAGGUGAUCCUCCAGAACAACCAGAGAGCAGGCUUCCUGAUUGGAGAUGGGGCAGGGGUCGGAAAGGGCCGCACUGUGGCAGGAAUCAUCCUGGAGAAUUACCUUAAGGGAAGGAAGAAAGCACUGUGGUUCAGCAUAUCCAAUGACCUGAAAUUUGAUGCAGAGAGAGAUCUCAAAGACAUAGACGCAUCGAAUAUUCCUGUGCAUGCCUUAAACAAGAUAAAGUAUGGAGACACAGCUACCUCAGAAGGAGUCCUGUUUGCAACGUACUCUGCGCUGAUUGGAGAGAGCCAGGCUGGAGGGCAGCGUCGGACAAGAAUUAAACAGAUCCUGGACUGGUGCAAGCCAGACUUUGAUGGAGUUAUUAUUUUUGAUGAAUGCCACAAAGCCAAGAAUGCCACAUCGACAAAGAUGGGCAAGGCAGUGCUUGACCUGCAAAACAAGCUGCCACGGGCCAGAGUGGUGUAUGCCAGUGCCACAGGUGCCUCUGAGCCAAAGAACAUGAUCUAUAUGAGCCGCCUGGGAAUCUGGGGUGAGGGCACGCCCUUCAGAACCUUUGAUGACUUCCUGCACACCAUCGAGAAGAGAGGCGUCGGUGCCAUGGAGAUUGUUGCCAUGGACAUGAAAGUGAGCGGGAUGUAUAUUGCCAGGCAGCUGAGCUUCUCAGGAGUAUCUUUCCGCGUCGAAGAGAUCGGAUUGGAUGGUGACCUCAAACUGGUCUAUAACAAGGCUGCCAAACUGUGGGCAGAGGCUUUGCAAGUGUUCAUGCGUGCGGCAGAUGAGCUAGGCCUGGUCAGCAGGAAGUCUCUAUGGGGGCAGUUCUGGUCAUCUCACCAACGCUUCUUCAAAUACCUCUGUAUUGCUGCCAAGAUCCGCCGCCUGGUGGAGCUGGCCCAGAGGGAGCUGGGGGCUGGAAAGUGCAUCGUUAUUGGCCUUCAGUCAACUGGAGAGUCUCGCACCAGAGAGGUUCUGGAUGAGAAUGAUGGACAUUUGGACAGAUUUGUCUCUGCAGCAGAGGGAGUUUUCCAGUCUCUUGUGACAAAACAUUUCCCUUCGGAAAAGCAGAGGAGAGAGAAGGCACCAGGGAAUAAGAGGAAACUUUCUUAUCACAUUGUGACUUCAGGGAAACCCAGAGGUCGACAAACCAAGGUACCCAAGCACACAGUGGACAGCGGUGGCGUGAUCAACAUCACUGAUGACAGCAGCAGUGACACUGACGGCAUGGACACAGACUCUAACUCCUCACCUGACUCCCUGUUAGACAACGAUGAUGUCAUCUUUGUAAACCACACUAGCUACCAGACAGCAAGGAUAGAGGAGAUGAAGCAGGGCCUCCUUCACAAAAUAUCCGCACUGGGUAAAGAACUACCUCUUAAUACCUUGGACGAGCUCAUUGAUAAGUUUGGAGGACCAGAUAAAGUCUCAGAGAUGACUGGUCGUAAGGGGCGUGUGGUUCGACGUCCUGAUGGCAGUGUCCGCUACGAGUCCAGGGCUGAGCAGGGUCUUACCAUCGACCACAUCAACCUCAAGGAAAAAGACCGCUUCAUGUGUGGAGAGAAGCUGGUGGCCAUCAUCUCAGAGGCAGCCAGCUCUGGGAUUUCCCUGCAGGCAGACAAGCGGGUGAAAAACCAGAAACGCCGAGUCCACAUGACUCUGGAGCUGCCGUGGAGUGCAGACCGGGCUAUUCAGCAGUUUGGUCGCACCCAUCGGUCCAAUCAGGUGACGGCACCAGAGUACAUCUUCCUUAUCUCAGAGUUGGCCGGGGAGAGACGUUUUGCCUCCAUUGUGGCGAAGAGACUAGAAAGCCUGGGUGCAUUAACACAUGGAGACAGACGAGCCACUGAAUCCAGAGAUCUGAGCAAGUACAAUUUCGAAAACAAGUAUGGUACCAAGGCUCUGGAUAAGAUCACCAAAGCAAUCCUUGGUCACAUAGAAAACAAGGUGCCUCCUCCAAAAGGCUACCCAGGGGGUGAAGCCAUCUUCUUCAGAGACAUGAAACUCGGAAUGAUGGACGUGGGCAUCUUUUGUAGGGAACCUCGCUUUGGGAUCAGUACUGAGAAAGAUUGCAGCAUCACCAAGUUCCUAAAUCGUAUCCUGGGCCUGGAGGUUCACAAGCAGAACUAUCUCUUCCAGUACUUCACUGAUAACUUCGACUACCUUAUCGAGAAAGACAAGAAGGAGGGCAAAUACGACAUGGGAAUCUUAGACCUUGCCCCUGGUAACGAUGAGAUCUAUGAGGAGAAGCAGGAAUCUUUCCUGACAGUUGGAAACCCUCAGGAUGGACAGGUUGUUCUCUAUAAGAUCAGUGUGGACAGAGGAAUGCCCUGGGAUGAGGCCUACAACAGGUCACUGAAGCUCAGCAGUCCUGAUGAGGGAUUCUACCUGUCCCAGAAGCUGCGAGGUAACAACCCCUGUGUGCUGCUGGCUGAGCAAGGAAGAGGCAAAAACUUAAUUGUCUUUAAGCCCAACAUUGGGAAGCAAACCCAUCCUGAGAGCCUGGACAAACUCCUCCAACGUUACCGGAAGGUGACUCCAGAGGAAGCCAGAGACAACUGGGAGAACCAAUUCACAUUCUCUUUCAAGAAAUGCAGCCAUGCCAACUGGAACGGGAAGUGUAAGAAAAUUGAGGAAGGCCAGGAGUGUCUGCAGGGCAUGCGUCUGCGUCAGUACCACAUGUUGUGUGGUGCUCUGCUGCGUGUGUGGAAGCGUGUGUCUGACGUGGUGUCUGACAUCACCAGCUCCAGCAUCCUGCAGAUUGUUCGCCUCAGAACAAAGCAGCACAACAAGCAAGUCGGCAUCAAGAUCCCAGAGAACUGCGUGGCCCGUGUGCGUGAGGAGCUUCUGCUCAUGGACGAGGAGGUGAAGAGGAGAAGGAAAGAGAAAGAGCAGCAAGCGGUGGAGCAGCGACUCACUGAGGACCGCAUGCGUAAAAUGGAGCAGGAGAACAAGCACCUGCUGGCAAAUCUGUUCAGCCAGAAACCCAUGCUGAACCAGUCUCUUGCUCAGUCGCUCGCACAGAACCAGAUCCUCAAACUGAAACUGAACCAAAAUGCUUUGUCAAGGACUCAAACUGGUAACUUCUCUCAGCUACCGAGAAUGCCAGGCCAAACCCAACCUUCACAGCCAUCACCCUCCCAGAACUUAGCCCUGGUGCCCUUACAGAGAAACCCCAGCCAAACCCAGCAACGGACCCAGCAACUGAACACCUGGCACAACAAUUCCACCACCACCUCUACCACCAACCAGGGUUCACUCGCCAACGCAGUCAGCCUCAACUCAAAUUUCUCUCAGUUUUACCCCCAGUCUUUCCUUUCCUCUUUUCCUCAGUUAAAGAACCCAUCACUUCCACUUCACCAAAUGUUGUCACCCAGCUUGUCCUCCAAGAAUUCCCUGAACGAGAUCUUGGACCUGACUGUCUCACCGUCCCCCUCCCCAGACAGCACGGAGGGCAGGCUGGGUCUGGAGGAAUUGGCAGGACAUGCAGCUGCAUUCGGAGAUGACUUUAAUCUGGAGUCUCUGAUUUCCCAGAAUGCACCGAAUGCCCAGCCCGCUGCACAAAUUCAGCAGCCCCUUUUGCUACAACAACAACAGCAGCAGCAGCAGCAGCAGCAGCGUCUCCAGGCUUCACAGCAGCAGCAACAUCUCCAGGCUUCACAGCAGCAGCAGCAGCAGCAACAUCUCCAGGCUUCACAGCAGCAGCAGCAGCAGCAGCAGCAUCUCCAGGCCUCACAGCAGCAGCAGCAGCAGCAGCAGCAGCAGCAGCAGCAGAAUCACAACCUGCUGGCCAAUAAUCACCAAAACCUAUUAGAAUUAUUUGACCUGUCUUUGUCGCCACAGAUGCCCACACAAAAAGCUAGCCCUUCACCCUCCUCCUCCUCCUGUUCUUCUUCCACAUCCUCCGCCUCUUCUAUGUCAAACAACCUUGUUCCUCAUGUCUCCGCUGUCCUCCCGCCCACAUCCUCCCUUAUCCCGACAUCGUCUUCCUCCUCGCUCUUCUCCAACCCGCCCUCCUCCUCUUCUCUGUUUGCCGGCUCUCCCCCCUGCUUUUCUCCCUCCUUUCUCCUCCCCCAGUCAGACUCUCUGUCCUUACCCAACGGCCACUGCAGUUCCAGCCUCCUCGACGUCCGUGAGGCCCUGAACAGCAUGCUCCAAGCUGGACCGGACCGCAAAUCUGUCAUUCAGUACAGGCAACAAGAGUAAAAGCUUAGAAACAGCUACAGGUCAGACUCUUUUCCUUUAGGUGUUUUUUCUCUUUUAAAGCAGAUUGCGUCUUGUUUGCUGCUGUCUACGAUUGCACCCUCGGACCUACACCCUCUCCCCUCAGGGCCUAUAGUCACGUCACUGCCUGUCCUGCGCUCUGCUCACACUUCUCUCUCUCUCUCUCUCAUCACCCGUAGCAUUCACCUGUUUGAGGCUGUCAAGGUGAUGACGAGCUCGAUCAAUAGCAGAUUUCCACACAAAGUGUGUCCCCUCCUCAGUGAAAGGCAGCUGUUAAAAGUAUGUGAUAUCUGUAUUCUAUUGAACGUAGGAGCUGUCCAAACAAAAGCUCAAACAAGCCUCCCGCUGCUGGGUUUUUUACGAGGUAUGAUCGGUGAAGAAGCUGGAAGCUCUGAAUGCCUUUCAACACGUGAACACAACAUCUUUAGACUUUGCUUUACUGUUACCUCGCGUCAUGGCCAUUUGUCUUGUCUAAAUCAAGGCUGUAUGCAAGGCUUAGUUUGGGUGAAACAAAGGAUGGUGUUGAAGUGGAAGGGCGGGGAAUAAAUAAAAAGAAAAAAAAUACGUUAAAUCUGUUAGCUGAUUAGCCAUGAAAUGCCUCAGUUUUCUUUCUUUCUUCUACAAGCUCCCUCGUGUUUCUCUCCCUGCUUUAUGGACACUAGUGUGAGGAAAAAGGGAGAGGAAGAGCUGUCUCUUGUUGCAAACAGUGCCUUUGGAGAAAUCUAUAAAUGCAGUCUAGAAAUCCAUGUAGCCUGAUGUAUAGAUUUGUAUUUUGUAUUUGGUUUUCUUUUUAAUUUAAUAUAGUGUAUUACUAUUUAACUUUUAUCCCUCUUUAGUCAGUCAUUCAUCGUUUUGUGUUACACUAUGCUGGUGGUGGGUUUCAGGAAGGAGCCUCCAUUGAGCCUGUAUUUGCUUCUAUUAUGGUCUAUGGAGCUGUGGCACUGUGUCAGGAGGUCACUAUGGCACAAACUGUCGAGCAGCAGGAUGAAAAAUUGUUUUUAAAAAAAAAAAAAACUUAUCAUUACCCUUUUUUUAAUUUUAAGCUGACAAAAACAUCUACCAAUAUAACUCCUGGUUUGAUUUGACUUUGAAUUUCUCAGGAAAGUCUCAAGUGUUGUGCUGGGUUGUGUUUGUGUGUCCUGAAAAUGAGUUAGUCUCAGUCUUUAAACACAGUGGAUGAUUAAGAAUUUGUUCUCUAGAAGUAUGAAAACAAAAGUCUGUUUUUUUUUUUUGUUUUGUUUUUGUUUAAAUAACAGAAGCCUCACAUUGACAGAAAUUCCGUUCACGUAUGCCCCAACACUGGGUUUAAGAAGAGUUUCAAUUCUAAAAUGAAUUUUCCAUUUCAGGCAUGUGUUCACGUGUAGACAUACGAUGUUCACCAUCUAUAAUAGUCCAUGUUUUAGAAAAAAAACAAAAACCCUGUGAGAUUUGGCCGUCUCUGAGUGAAAACCAUGCAUGUUGGUGACAAAAUGGUGGCAUAAGUUGAAGUGAUCAAAGAGCAAUAAAACCACAUUCUUCUGCAAGUGUGAUGAAACAGAAAAGUACUGUUAGAGCUCAACAGGCAAAGCUUUACUGCUACAUUUACAUGGUAUGAAUCUCGCCAUUUCUAUUGUGCUUCAAAGUCUUUCAGUUAAUCACAUUCUGAAACGCAUACAAACCUUUGUAUAGUAAGUUUUCACGGGAUGAGCGCAAUGCGCUCUUGAUGUUUUAGUCAUCGUUAUUAUAAAAGUUAUUGUUAUUUAUAUUUAAGGGAAAUUUAGAUUUUAGAUAUGUUAUCCUGCUUAUUAGAAUAGUUAUCCUAAUGUUUGGUCAGGGACGUUUGUAGUUGUCAAGAUUACUAUAAAAAAAAAACAAAUUCUAUUAUAACCUGCCACCAAAUAAGAUUGCACUGUUCUGUACUGCUGUACAGUGUAUGGAUUUAUUUCAGUUUUGCUGUUUUGUUUUUUCCACCAGUAAAAUAGUUUCUCCGACUUGUCGGCCUCAGUCGGGCCUUCAGGCCGCAGAGAGAUACCAAAGUAUUCCACGGACACCGCGUAAGUUACUGGCUCUAAGAUAUCAGACCUUUUUAUCAAUCUCAGGAAGAAACCUACAAGACGUGUACCAGUGGGGCGCUACCAUUAAAAAUAUCAUUUCCCCGAAUAACAGUGGUGAAACUAACCAAUAAAUGUGCUGUUUUUUUCUUAA